CCCAUCGCUAUACGUCACUAAACUUUGAAAGAUGGCGUUCACGGAUCACUUGUAUAGAAAUACAAUUUUCUUUAUAGUUUUAACUUUAUUUACGGAAAAAUGUGAUGGAAAUGAUAUCCUAGGAUGCGGCGGAUUUGUCAAAAGUCAUGUAGCAUUGGAUUUUUCUAAAAUCGAGAUUGGCCUGUAUACGAAAGCAGGUAGCCUGAAGGAGAGGACAGAGUGCGCUCCGACUAACGGCUACUACUUCUUGCCCCUAUACGAGAAAGGGGAGUACGUCCUGAAAGUCCAUCCUCCACCGGGAUGGAGCUUUGAACCUUCAGAAGUGAAUUUAGUGGUUGAUGGUUCCACUGACCAGUGUUCUACUGGUCAGGAUAUAAACUUCGCAUUCAAUGGUUUUGGGAUCACCGGGAGAGUGAUCACUGCGGGGCAAACUCAAGGUCCUAGUGGGAUUGCUGUGCAGCUGGUCAAUGACAAGGGGGAGAAGAGGGACACUCUGACCACAGUGGGAGGUGACUUCCACUUUACUCCUGUUAUUCCUGGAAAAUACACUCUUAAGGCUGCUCAUCCAAAAUGGAAGUUAGAUCCAGCCCAAGCAGUAGUUCAAGUGAAGGAGGGCAACACUGUCUUGCCAGCAGGAGUACUUGCUGUCAAGGGUUAUGAUGUGAAGGGAUCUGUCACUUCAUUUGGCAACCCCAUUGCUGGCAUCUAUGUGUUGCUGUACUCAAAGGAGGAAAACCCCAAGUUCCGUGUGGAAGGUUGCAAAACGGCACUACUGCAAGGUGUUCCAGACUCUCCUAUCUGUCAUUCAGUUACCGAUGCAGCUGGAGAGUUCAGCUUCGGCCUAGUACCGGCAGGGGAGUACAAGUUACUAGCUCUGGCCAAGCCUCCGGGACAGGGCACUGUUACAUACAACAUCAAGACGGAAACUGUGCCUUUUACUGUUCAACAUGACAGUCUUUAUAUCAAAAAUGCUUUUGAGGUCACAGGCUUCACAGUGGUAGGAUCAGUGGUGACUCACGCGGGCGGUAGUGGAGUCUCUGGGGCUCGAGUCCUAAAGGACGGCCAACCUGUUGGCAAGACUGAUAGCGCCGGCAAGUUUACAUUGCCAACCUUGCAGCCAGGGACAUAUACUCUUAGCUUCCAGCAUGAGCAAUGCGAGUUCGACGACGUGCAGCUGGUGGUCCCGGCCACGGGCCCCGCGGCCGCGCCCGCCGCGCGCGUGUCCCGCUGGCGCGUGUGCGGCGGCCUGGCGCCCCCAUCGCACCGCACCAUACUCAUUACCACGGAUAAGGGGGCGACCGUUACCACUGUCAGCGUCUCGCCUGAGAGUAAGGGUAAAUGGUGCACAUACCUGAAGCCCGGCGUGUACACAGCUAAAGUGGAAGUUGCAGAAUCCGAACAGAGAGAAGGCUUACAAUUCUACCCGCUUACCCAGAAGAUCUCAGUUGGGCACGCACCAGUAGACGGCAUAAUGUUCUCUCAACUGAAGGCCAAAGUAACAGGACGCUUGCAAUGUUCCUCUCCAUCAUGCCAAGGUCUGACGGUGACGCUGCGGCCGCUGUCGCCUGACGGAGGAUACGUGGGCCAGCCGCUCACUACCACUGCUACCAACGGCGUGUAUACAUUCUCGGAGGUCCUCCCGGGCAGCGUGGAGGUGUCAGUGCCGACGGACCGGCUGUGCUGGGCCGAGGCGCGACACAACGUGGCUGUAGCCAGCGAGCUGGCCUCUGUGCCGGCUUUUGAACUCACCGGUUACGUCAUCCGGCUGCACUCCUCGCAUGACAUUGAGGUGGAGUACGCCAGCAAGAGUACCCGCGGCGUGUGGCCGGUGCCGGCGGGCGCGUCCCAGCACUGCGCCCCGACCAGCGAGCGGUACACGCUGUCCCCGCGCGGCGCCCACCGCUUCCAGCCGCCUCAAGCCUCCGCCACGCCCGAUCAAGACCCGCCAACUACGGUAUACUUCGUAGCAGUGGCACACGCGGUGAUAGUCAAGGUGCUGUCUCCAUCGCCGGUGAAGGAUCUGGUGUUGAAGAUUAGCUCCGACGACGGCGGCAAGGAUAUCGGGCCGCUGCCGGCCCUCGAGCAACCCAGCGGGGGAUACGCUUUCGAACACACGCUCUAUAUGGCUGAUGGCGAGAUCGCAGUAAUAUCAGCAUCGUCGUCCUCCCUGCUGUUCCAACCGGGCAGCCCGCAGCAGGUGGUGGGGCGGUCGCAGGCGCCCACCACCCUGACCCUGCACGGCGUGGCGGCGCUCACGCUGCAGGGCCGCCUCGUGCCGCCCGUCCCUGACGUGCUGGUCACACUCACCUCAGACGAUCUGAAGUUCACCCAGACAACUGGCCCGGACGGCACAUACCGCUUCGGUCCCUUGGACGCGAGCAAGCACUACACCAUCACCGCUGAGAAGGAGUCGUAUGUGUUCGGGGAGCCUGAUGCCAACGGGAAUAUUAAGGCGCACAAGCUGGCGGAGAUCACCGUGCAGCUGGUCGAUGACGCCGAUGAUAAGCCUCUGCAGGGCGGGCUGGUGUCGGUGUCGGGCGGCUCGUACCGCCGCAACGCGGCGUCGGCGGGCGGCGGCGCGCUGCGCUUCGCCGCGCUGUCCCCCGCGCAGUACUACGUCAAGCCCAACAUGAAGGAGUACCGCUUCCGGCCGCAACACCACAUCGUCGACGUCAAGGAGGGCCACACGCACAGCUUGACGCUCAGAGGCGUCCGCGUGGCGUGGUCGUGCCUGGGCAAACUGGUCUCCCUGGGCGGCGUGGGCUGGCCGGGGGCUGUGCUGGUGGCCAUACCACAACCCAACAGUGCCUCGCACUGCGCCAUAGAAGAAGCUACCACUGAGACUAAUGGUGCUUUCAGGAUCCGCGGUCUGCUACCAAAGUGCGUGUACACCCUGCAACUCAAGGAGUCCUCCAGUCCUGACUUGCAAGGACUGAAGCUUGCCAAAGCACCGCCCACUUUAGAGGUGAAAGACAACAAAGAUAUCGAGAACGUCCGCCUGAUAGCCAUCCAGCCGCAACAGAUCACAGACACCAACGUGCUCGUUUAUACUCCAAACAUAGAGCAUUACAAGACUCUCCGCCUCACUCUGGCCUUAGAAAACACUCCACACACUCCAAUAUACUCCACCAAGUUAGACCCAGCUGGCUACUCCCAACAUCUGAACCCGGGACUUAUGUAUGUCCUGCCGAGACUGCCAGCGGAUAACAAGACCUAUGUACUACAAUUAGAAUCGACUUUGUCGAAAUCAACACACUCGUACGGAGAAGAGGUGUAUUAUUUCAAUUCUGAUGGGAAGUUUAAGUACUUCAACAUCGAUUUCCAUCCGAAGGUGAAGUCAUCCGAGCAGGAGCUGCGGCAAACGUCGUUCCUAGUGGUACCCCUGGUGGGCGCGCUGAUCUUGGCGUACGUGCAGCGCGGGCGGCUGGCGGGCGGCGGCGCGGCGCUGCUGGCGCGGGCGGCGCCGCGGGCGGCCCGCGCCGACCGCGCCGACCGCGCCCGCGCCGACGUGCUGGACCACGCCAGCAUACACCACAUACUCAGCGCCGUCAAUGCCGCCGGGAAGAGGACCGCCAAGAAGAAGGCGCAGUAGCGCGCCGCCACGACGGGGAUCGACGACAGAUCGGUGGGACAUUUUGUACAGAAGAACAUACGACUACUUUCAUCAAGCUGAAUUUGGCAGAUGAUUUGUGAUAGAUACUUUAUGAAUUUACCUCAUUAAAUGUAGCUCUUGUAUAGGUACAGCGUACACCUUAGUUAGAAAGAGACGAAUGAUAUGUCUUGUAGAACUAGGCUGUAUACUCUAUUCUGUCUUGCUAUCAUUCCUGUUAAACCAUACCGAGUGAUUUUUUUACCUCUGCACAAAAUAUCUUCGACAAUAAUUAUUAGAUACUUAUUUAUAUAUGUACGUCAGGACGCCGAGAGGGAGGGGCGUUGCAGCCCGCCGCUUUUUUAACUUUUAAUUAAUACCAACGUCCGCGUGCAAACUAAUUUAGAGUAACCACACUUAUUUUUUUGCCUGGACAAUAUAAAUCGAAAAUAGUCUUGUGCAGAAUAAGAAAAAAAAAAACACUCGGCAUUUAAAAAAGCUUAGACAUAAUGUUUUAACACGCGACGCAAUUAAGUUCCUUACAGAAAUCAAAAACAUUUAUUCAACGUAAUUAUCAUAGAUAAACUUGUUGGAGGUCAAUUUAACAUUUUUGGAUCUAUAAAUUUAAAUAUUGAUUCAAUGUACAAUUAUCCAUGUCACACAUAUACUGCCAAUAAACUAAUAUUUCGCUUUUAAUCUAAAGCUUUUAAAGUGACAGACAUUUGCCAAAUUCAGUUUGGAUAAUAAUAUACCAGUGAACUUUAGUUUAGGAAAUAUCAAGAGUUAGAUUUUUCACAUAAUUCGUCCUAUAACUUUUCAUAAUUUAAAUAAAAUCGGUAAUUUUCAUAGUGAAGUACCGGUGAAAAGAAUAUCAUCUACAAAAUAAGUUACUGAAGUAAAGAAACUGUCAACUGAAAAGAAAUUUGAAUUUAGAACAAAACUAAUUCUUAUUUUGUAAGUUAUUGUAAGCUACGAAUAAAAUUUAUUCGUAGAUUGUAAGACAUAUUCCAUUGGUUAUAGAUAGCUCGUAGUCUAAAACCAAAAUAGAUAGCGCUACCGAAUGUUUUUAUUAUUUAAAAUGAUUUAUUUGUUUAUAAAAUUAUUGUUGAAUAUGUUUUCAAAUUGCAUUUAUUUGGUGAUUGAAUUGGGCUUUAUGUUAGACCAAGAAUAAAGAAGUAAGUUCCGUAUAUGCAUAUGUAAUGGGCCAAUCGUUAAACUAGGCAAAUCACAAUAUGCCGGCAUUUCGUGAUUAGGCCGAUUAUGACGUGUGUCUAAUAUAUCGUUGGACAGAUCGAUGAGAGCAACCUGGUUGUCGAUUUUUUUUCUAGUCACUUGGCCACACCGAGAUAUGGCUGGGCGCCUCGUGAUGUAGUCCUCUUUUGCGAGCGCUGUUUAUUAUUUUUAUUUAGUAAUAUUUUGGUCACCCUACAGAUUUAUACGAGCACAGCUGGGUAAACUUUAAUAUCUGAAAAUCAUUUUAUCUAGUAAAAUAAUUAUUUAUUAUUUAAACUUCAUUAAAGUUGUAGGCAGAUCUCAAUCGUCUCUUUAAAACGAUUGACCCACGACACUUAGGUAUAUUGCCAGUAUCUAAAUUUAUGAUCGUAAAGUCAAAAAUUCAAGCAAUGUUAUUUAUAAAUAAAUGUAUUCAAAGUAACAAGAAUACAGGGCGUAAGUGACUAAUUGACAUCGUACAGUCAUGAGCUAUAUCAUGUACCCACUUUAGAACCCUAUCGCAUUAACAUGUUUGACAAUUAGUGAGACUUACAGUUCAAUUUGUCAAAAAAGUUAAUGUGACAUGGUUUCAAAGUGUAUACAUAUUAGUACUCGUGACCGUACCGAAUACUAAGGGGGUUGAUUCAGCUCAUUAUCCAGAGUUAAUAAGUGGAGUUUUCCAUCGCAAAAAUAUAGUAUGGAAUUGAUUAAAAAUCAUGAAUUUUACGACGGAAAAUUCCAUUUGAUAUCAACUCAAAAUCAUGGUCUGAAUCAUCCCUCAAAGUUUUCGUUACGAUGUCACUUAUACCCUGUAUUCACACAGAUAUGAGAAUACACUUAACUUCUUGGUUUAACACGAACUCAUAUUACAUGCGAGUAUUCCUUAGUUUAAGGGUAAUGAAUAAAAUGGACUGUUGUUAUG